CCCCUUCCCUGCUCCAUGCUCUCCCCACAUCCCCAUCAGUGGCCGCUGCCUGUCAGGAGGCUGCUGCAGCGACUCCUGUGCCAGCUGCUGGGAAGCCGGACGGGAGGCUGGGCCUCAGUGGCCAGAGCCUUUUUUGCAGGGUGGUCUUUCAGCGCUUCACAAUGAGGAAAGUGUGUUUCUUACAGGCCAGGAAAAUACUGGUCCUGCUGCCAGACAUCAUGGACACCGUGCAGUAUGCCAGCACUGAUGUCAAGAGGAAGGCCCUGGUAGUCUGCAGGAACAUGACGGGUCACCUGGGCAGGGAGGAGGCGAGCCCCAUCACUCUGCAGCUGGCGGAGAGCCUCCUGCGCCUCUUUGAUGAUGUAAGGCUGCCGUGGGAGCCCCUGCCCCAGCCCUACAGAUGGGCACUCGGCAAAGACAGCUGCCCCUCAGCCCAGCCCUGUGGGCAGCCCUCGGGCAGGGCUCCCCUCGUGCUCCUCUUGCGUGGCCUUUCAGGGCUCUGGGGCCAUUCAGCCUCAGCUGCGGCUCUGGCCCACGGCUCCUGUGGUGGGGAUCCGACCCCUCACAUCAGCCACGCUGACGCCCUUGCUCACCGUGGGCUGGGAGUGGCUGGUGCUGAAGUUCCCCAUCCUCCUCCCUACCAGGAGUCCAGCCUGGUGCGGGAGCUCUCCAUCAGCCUCUUCAGAGAUGUGCUGGAGACUGUGGUGGGGAGAAACAAGAAGAUGAUGAGGAGGACAGUGAAGCUGGUCCUGCUCCCGCUGUUCCUCCGUAUGCAGGACCAGAGCAAGAGCGUGGCCAAGGUGCAGUGACCAGAGUUGUUGGGAAGGGUCAAGAGGAGGGAGGGUGCCAGGUGUCCUCCCCUGGGCUGUGGUGCCAUCUCCCAGCCUCUGCUUCUCUGCAGGCCUCUAGGGACACCCUGCUGGCCUGUGCAGAGUUCCUGGGCUGGAGGAAGCUCAGCACCCUGGUCCAGACGCAUCAGACACAUCGCAUUGGAGAGUGUUUGGUCCCCAAGUCCAAGAGGCAGAAAAUGUCCAACAGCAGCUCCAUCGCCCAGUUCCUCCUCCUGCCGUUCACAGACACACGGGAGCUGCAGCUCUUGCACUUCUGGCUCUUCCUGGGCAUCUACCUGGCUGCCCUCCUGGGCAACGGCCUCAUCAUCACCACCAUAGCCUGGGACCAGCACCUCCACACCCCCAUGUACUUCUUCCUGCUCAACCUCUCCCUCCUCGACCUGGGCUCCAUCUCCACCACUGUCCCCAAAUCCAUGGCCAGUUCCCUCUGGGACACCAUGGCCAUCUCCUACACAGGAUGUGCUGCCCAGGUCUUUGUCUUACAUACUGCAGCAGAGUUUUAUCUCCUUGCCAUCAUGUCCUAUGACUGCUACGUUGCCAUCUGCAAACCCCUGCACUACGGGACCCUCCUGGGCAGCAGAGCUUGUGUCCACAUGGUAGCAGAUGCCUGGGCCAAUGGGGUUCUCAUGGCUCUGCUGCACACGGCCAAUACAUUUUCACUGCCGCUCUGCAAGGGCAAUGCCCUGCACCAGUUCUUCUGUGAGAUCCCCCAGAUCCUCAAGCUCUCCUGCUCAGAAACCUACCUUAGGGAUGCUGGUUUGCUUGUGGUCGGUGUCUUAACAAUAUUUGGGUGUUUUGUAUUCAUUGUGCUAUCCUGUGUGCAGAUCUUCAGGGCCGUGCUGAGGAUCCCCUCUGAACAGAGACGGCACAAAGCCUUUUCCACGUGCCUCCCUCACCUGUCUGUGGUCUCCCUGUUUGUCAGCACUGGCAUGUUUGCCUACCUGAAGCCCUGUUCAAUCUCUUACGCGUUGCUGUAUCUGGUGGUGUCAUUUCUGUACUCAGUGGUGCCUUCAACACUGUACCCCCUCAUCUACAGCAUGAGGAACCAGGAGCUCAAGGAUGCCCUGAGAAAACUAAUGGCUGGAUUUCAAAAGCAAUAAACUGCCCAGCUUCUUCACAUCACCCAUGAUAUAACUCAUGACAUGUCCAGCCUUUCUUUUGUACAGUUUGUAGUUGCAGAUUUUUGUUUGGAGUUUGGAGAAGGCUUGUUUCAUUUUGCUGUUUUUAUCCAGUGAUAAUAUCGUUCAGAAACAAAUGUCAUUAUUCAUCCCAGUUCUAAUUUACCAUCUACCUUUACAGUCUGAGUCACAGACCUUGUAAACGAGAAGCCAUGCUCUCUGUGUAUUUAAACAAAAUAAAGGACCAUGCAGUGAA